AUGUUAAAAGAAGCUAAAUACCAAAAUUUUUGUACAGAAGAAAGUCCAGAGCAGUCCAUGUCGCCCUAUUUAUCAACUCGGCAAUCUUCGUAUGAAGUCCCAUCAGAACAGCAUUACCACAAAAAAAACGUAAAGUCUCAUUUCUCUAAAACUGAAAGCCCAGGACAGAGUCCCUGAAUUUCUGAUACUAUAAGGCCUCAUGCACCAAAAACUCCAAAUUCAAGCUUCUCUCCUGUCCGAUCUCAAAGAAAGAGAUUUUCUUGUGAUUUAUCCUCAGAAACUUCUCGCGCAAUUCAUCAUUCUUAUGGAGUCCCAAAAACUUGAAUAACUCCGACUAUUCCAGAGGAAAAUGGCAGUAAGCAUUCUAUUUAUGAUACAAAUAUUGGCCCAGGAGAUUAUGAUCUUUUUGAUAGACCUUUCACUCCUGGAGGUUACAUAUCUGCUGAGCCAAGAUUCGAAAACACCUUUGAGCAAAAAGUUGAAUCUUUUAUUCAGCAAGUGAAAACCUUAAAUAAAAGAAAAAUUCCAAAGCCAAUUUUUGUGAAGAAUGUUGAUUUAAGCAGAUUUUCCCCUCCAAAUAAAGAAAGGGAAAAUUUAGAGAAAUUCAGAAGGAGGAGUGUUAAUUUCGAAGUUGUGAAAUUGACCAGAUCUAUGAUUGAAAAAGCAAAAAAAGUGUCUAGAGAAACAAAGUAUAGAGAGAAAAUGCAAAAAUACGCAUAUAACCAAAUGAAAAGUGAAGCAAAGCAGGUCAUGAAAUCUUGAAUACUUUUAAUGAGUAUCGUUGGAUUCAGUACUGUAAUCCAUUAUAAAGCAGAAGGGAAAAAAGUAAUUGUUAUUUAGAAAUUAAAAUGCAGAGCAAAAAAUCAUCUUACCUUUCUGCUCAACAUUUCAAGAGCAAUUGGAAAAUUUAGAAUUCUCCUAAAUAAAGUGAGGUGGAAUCUCCUUAAAAGAAAAUUAAAAGAGCAUUUCCCAAUAAUUCAAAGAUGGGUUAAAAACAGAAGAAACAAAUUUUUAAAUGCUGUUACGAAUCAAGUCGAAGUCCUUGUUACAGGCAAUACAAUGUUCGAUUUGAUGCUAAAAUACCGGAAAGAAAAAAAGGCUUUUCAAAGUGGAUUAUUAAGCCUUAUUAAAAUCAGAAAAGCAAGAAUUUUAUCUUUAAAUUUGCUGUGAGAAAAAGUCGAAGAAUCAUUAUCAAGUUUCCUGAAGAAAUCAGGAAAGCUAAAAGUUGACAAAAUCGGAAGGCUCAUCCCAAAAAAGGUUCGAGAAGAAUGCAUUAAUAAAUAUUAUAACUCACAAGUGAAACUUUAUUUGGAAAAACUGAAAUUAUAUAAAACUCAAUGUAAAGAAAUAUUUUCGUUUGAAGUAAAAUGAAAAAAUUCCAUUAAUAAUAUUGUUGGUUUAGUACUAAAUUUAAAGUGAAUAAAAUUAUUUGGAAAUGCCCAAUUUAUACUUAUAAAACUAUAGAAUAUUUGAGAAAUCAUGAAAUGAAUAUAUUUGACUGCAAUAAUCCUCAAAAAGAGAGUUUGUACCCUCCAAAGCCAACAUUUCAGCUGUAUAGCAAUUAUAACGUUAUGAGAAAAAUAAUGUUGAAGGCCUAUAAUCUUUACGCUGAUUCAUUUAAUGAAGAGGAUAAAUUCAAGCAAGAUUAUAAAAAUAAGAUUCAAAAAGCUAAAACAAGAGUCCUUGAGCCUGCUAAAUUCCACAGAUCUAUCACUUCUGUCAAAAAUUCUAGUGAAAGAAGGCAUUUUUCUUUAACUCCUACUGUGUUUCCAUAG